AGCACAAUUAUUUCUUGAAAACCGUGUAGGACAUCAUUGUCAAUUCGCAGGUGAAAAAAGGUGGGGAUAAAACGAUCCAGCACGGUCACUUUCGCCAGACGACUAGAUUUGUUUACCAACUGCCGCCGAGCAACAGGCACGCAAGUGAAAAAUUCGCGAAAAUUUCUUCGUGCCGCGAAAAAUGUUUUGUUGAAUUUUCGUUCGCCUUAUUAAAUGCGAUAGUGUGCUGUGAUAGUGAGGCGUUUUUAAUUAAUAAUAAGCAUUAUUGUUAUUAUCGCGUUUUUAUGUUGUUUUAACGCAUCGGUUUGUAUCUAUAUAACCCCGAAAGUGAACUGUGGAGUUAGACAUUUAGUUGGGAAUUGCCAAAGAAGAAGGAUUGUAUGUGGUGGUGUUUUUUAAUAUUUGAAGAUGGUUUUAAAAACAGAAAAUAAACUACCCGAAUCAACAAAAUCAUCGUUGAGGGAAGCAUUGCCCCAGGUUUUGGCUGUGGGGGUCAAAAAUGUUCUGCUACUAGGUUUUGGAAUGACCCUCGGCUUUCCGACAAUACUCAUACCAAGUUUACAGGGAACCCAUGAAAACGAAAGUAUAUCUCUCGGACCUGAUGCCAUCUCAUGGAUAGGUUCGAUAAACUUAAUCUGCGUGCCAGUGGGUUGCCUUCUAUCAGGCGCCAUAACUCAACCAAUAGGAAGAAAAAGAGCGAUGCAGUUGGUAAACAUACCAUUCCUGACAGCGUGGCUCUUAUUCCACUUUUCCACCGAGGCAUGGCAGAUUUUCGUCGCGCUAGCUCUCACCGGACUUUCCGGAGGUCUUUUGGAAGCCCCCGUCUUGACAUACGUAGCAGAAAUAGCACAACCGCAUCUGAGAGGAAUACUGUCGUCCACCAGCACAAUGGCGGUCAUAUUGGGAUCACUGUCCCAGUACUUACUGGGCACGUUUUUCCCAUUCAGAGUGGUAGCUUUGAUCAACUGCUGCAUGCCAGUAAUAUCUUUUGUGUUGCUUAUCUUCGUACCGGAAACGCCGCUAUGGUUGAUAUCGAAAAACAGAAUCAACGAUGCCCGCGAAAGCAUGGCCUGGCUGAGAGGCUGGACGACGGUCGAAAGUGUAGACGCAGAGUUCCAGGAACUGUGUAGACAGCUGAACAAGAACGCUGUGCAAGCCACACCUUUGACCACCAUAUCUGGAAAGUUGAACGAGAACGUCCCGAUGAUCAAAAAACCAUCAAAGGUGCAAAUGCUGAAACUCCUCGGAAAGAAAGAAUUCUUAUGGCCCUACUUCCUGGUGGCCUUAUCGUUCUUUCUAGGCCAUUUCAACGGAAUGACCGCUAUGCAGACGUACGCUAUACCUAUAUUUUCAAGCCUUAAAGCCCCCAUCGAUAAAUAUUACUGCACGAUAAUUCUAGGGGCUGUGGAGUUCUUCGGUUGCAUAGCCUGUGUAACCUUAGUUAACCUUUUGGGUAAGAGAGUCAUCAAUUUAGUCUCCUUGGUGGUUUGCGGCGUUUGCUUCAUCACUGUAGCGACUUAUGCUCACGUAGUCGGUAUAGAAUACCUGGACACUCUAAUGUCACCGAACGUAAACGAAACAGGUGUAUUCUACUGGACGCCUCUUGUAUUUUUGGUGAUUUCGUCGUUCUCCUCUUACUUGGGCAUCAAAAUUUUACCCUGGAUUCUCACAGGGGAAGUAUUCCCGAACGAAACGCGAGCUGUAGCAUCGGGCUUAUCCAGUGGUUUAGGUUACAUCUUCGGCUUUCUAGCCAAUAAAGUUUUCUUCUCCAUGGUGUCGAAUUUAACCCUCCCUGGCACGUUUUGGGUGUUCGGUGCCACAAGCUUCGUUGGUGCUAUUAUUUUGCACUUUAUUUUACCCGAAACAGAGGGAAAAACUUUGCACGAAAUAACGGAACAUUUCGCUGGAAGAAGUAAAUUAUCGAACAAAGUGCAAAGAAAAACGAAUGGUGUCAGUGAGGGGUUCAAAAAUGAAGCUUUCGAGGCUGAGGAAAGCAGGUUUUAACGCGAUGACAUUUGGAGACUGAUCAUUACUCAUUUUAGUACCAUUUUAAUCUUAUUUGUAGCUUUAACUUUUAUUUAUUUAAUGUAUAUAUAAUAAUAAUAAUAAAAUGUCUAUUUUU